UAUUUAGUGGGAACAGUUGACGGGGCACUUCGCCGAACCGGCUGCGCUCCUCCACCUAAUUCGCAAACGCAUUCCGCUCGCUCCAUGCAUAUUGUUCGAGGAGACUUGACGUUUUUGAUUCGUAUCCCAUGAACUCUCGCAUUUGCCUAGCUUAAACGCAGGUUUCAGAGGCCUGGGUGAACACAGCUUAAUAAAAUGGGUAGCCAGGCGGACGGUAUAUCAAAUGUGGCUCCAGUUAACCAUGUGGGUCAUCAUAAUAAAAGACCUGUUGUGCUCAUCUAUCCAACCGUGUCCCCGGAGACAGUGGUCGUCCCCAUCAUAUCCUGCAUCUUCGGCUUCCCACUGCUGGCCCUACUGGUGAUCUGCUGCUUACGGCGUCGGGCGAAACUAGCCAGGGAACAGGCCAGACGUCGCAACUGCGACAUCGAACACGGUACAUUCUCUAUUGUCAGGUUCAGCCCAAUACACUAUCUAGGACGUUCCUCAAGGGCAAUAUCACUGAGAUCAGAAAGAGCAAUGAGUCGAGGUUUCCCUUCCUUAGAACUGGACACAGUGGUAGAAGAAAGAUCAGAUCAAGAACCAGAGGCGACUGUAAUUGAAAUGAUGACUCCCGACGGAGAUUCUGACAGAUAGCAUAAGUCGAAAGAAUUUGGUCCAGAUAGAUCGCCACUGUGGACCGCACUGACGCACGUGCACACUCUAACCAUAGACACAGACAGCUGACCCGAGGAAGACGAGGAGGAUCAUAAUCCUGACCCGGUUAUUCCUCAAAUGAUACCCUUGCCUUUCAUCAAGGGUCUCUAGGCACCAUUUUACUAAAUGAAUGGACAGAUCAAAACUGUAAAUACAUAUAUUUAAUGUAAUAACAAAGCUAUUUUUUUGUAUAAAAAUGUAGAUACUAGCAUCAAAUGUUUGUUAACCUCUAUAUUAAAUGUUAUAAAAAGUGCAAACAUAUCUAAAUUAUUCCCAAAUGAAUGUUUAAAUAUUUUGUAUAUACAAUAAAACAUGUUAUUAUUUGAGAUUUUAGUAGUUAGUGAAAAUUAUAUAAUUAUUAUAACAUAUAAAGUAAUAAAAAUGUCUAUUAUAAAAUAAAUAACAAAUGUUUAUACAGGGUGUAAACUGAUCAUAGAUCGAAACUGAGAUCCAAGAAAUUGUAGAGUAAUUCAUAAGACAAGAAUCAAAAUAAGUCUCAGUUUCAUCUAUUAAUAUAUGUAAAUAUACACGUAUAUUUAGCAAAUAAAAUAAUUUUGUAUUAAAAAUAGACUUACAUAAUGUAGUACUUCUAAUAUGACCUAGUUUUCAACUUGCUGAUAUGGACGCCUUGGAAUUGUAAAAUUGUAUAUAGAUCAUUGUUUUUGCUAAUAAAUUACUUAAAAAUGUA